AUGGAUGCAUUAUCCUCUAUCAUCAAUGAUUAUGUAAGAAGAGCUAAAACCUUCAAAUUCCAUUGGAGAUGUGGACCUUUGAAGAUCACACACAUUUCAUAUGCAGAUGACCUCAUGUUAUUCUGUCAUGGAGACAUUACAUCUGUUUCAGUGCUAAAAUUUGCCCUUGAUCACUUCUGUUGCAUGUCUGGAUUGGAUAUUAAUCUCUUUAAGAGCAGUGUUUACUUCUCUGGAACUGAUCCUUAUACAAAGAUUACAAUCACAUCCAUCUUUGGCAUUGGGAUUGGAUCCCUCCCAGUCAUAUAUCUAGGGGUUUCUCUCAUCACUACUAACCUGAAAUCAUCUCACUGCAACCAACUAAUUGAAAAGAUCACAAAUAGAAUCUCACAUUGGUCUUCGAGAUCUCUUUCUUAUGCAGGUAGACUCCAACUUAUAAAAGCAGUGUUGGUUUCAACACAAGUCUAUUGGUCAAAUAUCUUCAUUCUCCCCAAAGCAGUCAUCAAUGAGCUCAAUAAAAUCUUCAGAGCAUUCCUUUGGUCAAGGCCUGAAAUGAAGACAAGUGGAGCCAAAGUGACUUGGAGUAAAGUUUGCUUGCCAAAAGAGCAAGGAGGCCUUGGCAUUCCAAAUUUGGAGCUGUCUAACAAAGUUGGCAUUCUAAGGUACAUUUGGGACCUCCACUCCAAUGACACUGAAAGAAUCUGGAUCACUUGA